CCCAUGCCAAACGUUUUGCCCAGUUCCUGUCAGUGCCAGCGGCGGCAUGCGUUUUUUCUUUUCGCGUCCGUCCAAUUAUCUCGUAGGACAUGCGCGUCUGCUUAAUAUGAAUCCACGGGUGCGCCAAUCCGAGCCUAGGAGCGCGCCGCCAAGAGACUCUGUGUGGGUUCUCCCAGUCCAGGAUAAAACUGUUUGUCUGUGUUUUGGGGAACACCGUCGGGAACUUAUCACCCAUCCAACUGUAGGCUACUACUAGCCACUGAGACACGUGAUUGGAAUCACCAUUCCGCCCGCGUCCUCUCUCACUCCCCGCGGAUGUUUUUUUACUGAAUUGCUCGAGAUAACCACGGAUUGAGGAUUAGUUCUGUUAGGGUCUUAUGUUGUGGGGCUAGCAUGAGACAGAGCCCAGCACCGAUCCAGCGCUCCAUGGACAUACCCUUCCCCAGUGCCCGGGAGGCAAGUCGGCUUCUGUAAAUGAGGUGGCCAUGGAGAGAAGAAGCGGCUGCGGAGUACAUCAGAUCUGCUUUCUGUUUCUCUUACUGUUUUCACUGUAUCCUGUCUGUUGUCGAGCCAGUUGGAUGUGGUUGGGAAUAACCUCCGUGGGAGUACCGGAGAAGCUGGGCUGCGCCAAUCUCCCGCUGACGCACAAGCAGAAGGACCUGUGCAAGAGAAAGCCCCAUCUCCUAUCAAGCAUCAAGUCCGGCGCGCGCAUCGGCAUCGCGGAGUGCCAGACGCAGUUCGAGCACGAGCGUUGGAACUGUUCUACCACCAAAGAGCUCUCUGUGUUCGGCUACGAGCUAACCAGUGGGACCAAGGAGACAGCGUUUAUCCACGCGGUGAUGGCGGCGGGGCUGGUCCAGGCAGUGACGCGCUCCUGCAGUGCAGGCAACAUGACGGAAUGUGGCUGUGACACCAGCCUGCAGGGCACAGGCUCGCCCAGCGAAGGGUGGCACUGGGGCGGCUGCUCAGACCAUAUCCAGUACGGUACAUGGUUCAGCAGGAAGUUCAUAGAUAAUGCAGUGAAGAAUAUGUCCUCAGCCAGGGGAGGGGAUGCACUGCUCACCAUGAACCAGCACAACAGUGAAGCCGGGAGACAGGCCGUCGCCAAGACGAUGGCCACCGACUGCCGUUGCCACGGCGUGUCGGGCUCGUGCGCCGUGAAGACGUGCUGGCGCACCAUGGCGUCGUUCGAGCGCGUGGGCAACUUCCUGAAGGAGCGCUAUGAGGGAAGCGUGCAGGUGCUGGACCGCUCCAAGAGGAAGGUGAGGAGGAAGGAGAAGGACCAGCGACGUGUGCCCAUCGGGAAGGAAGAACUUAUCUUCCUCAACAAGUCUCCUAACUACUGUCUGGAGGACCGGCGCUGGGGCGUGGCGGGCACUAGAGGGCGCCGGUGUAACCGCACCUCGGCCGGCCCCGACGGGUGUAACCUGCUCUGCUGCGGUCGAGGGUAUAAUACACACGUGGUUCGCCACGUAGAGAGGUGCGAGUGUAAGUUUGUGUGGUGUUGCUAUGUGAGGUGUCAGAAGUGUGAGAGCAUGAAUGACAUGCACACCUGUAAAUAGGGAGAGGGAGGCAGGCGAUGACACACACACACACACACACCGUCCCCAAUGAGAGACUAAAAGACUUCCCCAUCAUUCCUCUCUCCCAUGGACAAGAGGGGCGCAGCAUCAACACCCCUCCAUCUCAACCCUCAGGAAGACAGUAUUUAUACACCACACCAGCAGAGGUAGACAAAGACAGUGGAAAACCGUUGACUUUUGAAUGGCCUAUCAGGGCUCAGCCUUGUAGGAGUCUAUCCAAUUGGACAGGAGUUCCACAGUGUUUCAGAGGCUUGAGGAUCCACACACUCUGACUACCAAACAUGGACAUCUUCGCAAUUUACUCGGAUGAGUCGAAAUGAGCCCCGAAACUCAGACUCCAUGAUAAAAACAAACUGAACUUUGAUGAAAGUUAAAACCUCACUCUUCAAGUCUUCAAAUGGACUCAGUGAAUGGUGUGUAAGAGGACCAACAAAGGGACCAAAAAGUGCUUGUAGGGGGACCCUGUCCUGCAGGGCCGCAACAGCUUUAAAGGACUGUAGAGUAGAUGCAGUAAACGGUGUCAGUACAUUUCCAGAUCAGAAUGAAGUCUCAUAUAGACAACAGAAGGCUAGAGCCAUAGGCAGUACAGGGAUUGGGCAACCGUCAGAGGUUGCCAUCUUUUGUGUCAUUUCUAUGGCUCUCUUCUAGGCUAGGGAGCAAGAACAGAUCCUGCUUCCACCCAUGGCUCUAAGGUGAUCGAUGGUGGAUAGAUUAGGCUUAUUCUCGUUGGAAAGCUUGCCGUAUCAAUGCAUAGAAAGAAUUCUUGAAAUAAUAAUUUCAAAUUUUAUUGCAUUUUUGUAAUAAACUGUAAAGUAAUGACUUCAAAAAGAUAUGGUACCAUGACAUUUAAAAAAACUUUUUUUUUUAGAUAUUUUGGAAAGAUUUCUUGAAACCUAAAAAUGUUUGUUUUGUACUAUUCAGAUUGCAAAAUUCAGGGCAGAGUGAAGCUACAGGUGCUUUAAUUGAGAAUAUGUCAAAAUGACGUAGUAUUUUUGUAAAUUGUUUACAUUUUGUAAAUAUUAAAUUAUGCUGUAUCACACAA